AUGCCUAAUUUUUAUCAAGGAACAGGCCUUCAAUUUGAGUUGAGUACUAAUAAUGAUAAAGAUAUCGAAGGCGAUGGAUUAUUAUGGACCUGUAAAAUGAUUCUGCCUUCCGUUGAAAGUUUGCCGGCAGCAAUACGUUUUUUCUUUAAUGGGGUAAAGUUGUGUUCUUUGUACUUGAGAAAAGCCAGAUUUUGUGAAAAAACUGAAUCUAGUAACAAAUCAGUUGACUGUUUCUGUUCUAAUGAAUCCAAUACUACAUUCUAUCUGAAUAUCACAUUGGGUCACCACCAUACUGGUAAUUGGUCAUGUGGUGACAUCAAUAAAGAUGGUGCCGUCAGUUCCGCUAUAUAUCUAACUGUUAAAAAUCGUCAGCCAUUCAUUAUAUCACCCAAUGGCGGUCACACACCAACUGGUACAGAAUCAUCAACAUGGAGAGUAGAAUCUACGUCUACAACAGCUCCAACGUUGUCAUCAACACAAGUUACCCAGUCCCCAGUUCCACCAUCACCAUCAUAUAACUAUUAUAUUUAUACAGGGGUUAUAAUUGGCUGA